AUGGAGAAGAUACAUGCUCGGGCUGUUGAAGCUCUUGAGCGUUUCAUUCACCUGGCAAAUGCUUCAUCGAAUACCCCACGCGACAUCACCGACAUCAUCACGAAUGCCACCUCGUCCCCAAACACAUUCAUAUUCGCAGAACUCCUCGAAGUUCCAGCUAUUCAAUCAUUGCGCUCUCCAGACACUCCGGCUGAAUACCGGAAUCAUCUCACGCUUCUAGAGAUCUUCGCUUGGGGAACAUGGGAAGAAUAUCAAUCUACUCCAAACCUUCCUCAACUCAAUGACAAACAAACCGAGAAGCUCCGCCUCCUUUCCCUCCUCACUCUCUCCACAUCCCACAACCCCCUCACUUACGCCAUUGCCAUGAAAGCCCUCUCGCUCCCCAACCACGCAGCUCUCGAAUCCCUGGUCACGAAAGCCAUCUACUCCUCCCUGAUAACCGCGCGCAUCUCUCCAGCCACGAACCCCGCAUUCAUCCACGUAACAUCGACCGCACCCCUCCGCGACGUACAGCCCCAAUCCAUCGCCCCCAUGAUAUCGAUCUUGACAGAAUGGCAAGCCCGAUGCAGUGAUGUAGUGAGCGGCAUAGAAACGGAGAUCGCGAAGAUAAAAUCCGACGCUGAAAAACGGAGAGCGAGGGAGAAGGAUCGGGCCUCUCGCGUUGAGCGCAGUGUUGCUGGUUGGGAUGGUGAUGGUGAUGAGGACGACGGGGCGGGGCCGGGAGCGGGAGCGGGAGCAGGCUCAAGCUCUGGAUCCGGCGCGGGGUCUAAGCAUUCGUUGUCGUUCUCCGGCGGUGGUCGCGGGCCCAGUCUUCGCUCGCAUUUUUCUGCAAUGGCGGGUGGUGGUGGUAGUGGGAGUAAACGCGAGCUCAAUGAUUGUGGUGUCGACAGUAGGUAUCGAGGCUUUGGGCGCAUGGAUGUGGAUGGGCCGGGCAUGGGUGCUAAUGGAGGUCUUGGUGGCAUGGGCGAAACGACACGUCAUGCGAAACGCCGUUUGGCUUUGGGAAGCCGAUAA